UAUAAAAAUACAGAACUUGUGUUAACCUGCGAUUGUUAUACAAAAAAGCUCAAUGAUGGCUUGCAUCCAAAUAUUGGCGUUCGUGCUGUGCUCUUUCUUCUUACAGGACGCGUUUUCAGUCCGCUAUAAUGGAGUUCAAUCCAAUGAAUCUGACGACCAGAUGAUGCAGACCAUUGAAGAAGUGAACGAGGCACCAGAAUCGUCUCCGUCGCCAUCCAAAAAGUACCCGAACUUGACCGCCGUGAAAGACAUGUUCUGGGACACGAUUGAGAACAUCAACCGGGCCAACGAGAACGGCAAGCUGGAAAUUAGGGCGUUGAGGAACACGAUGAAUAACGUGCUCAGAGACGAUGUGUUCUGGUCAUCACUGGUGAGGCUGAUGAAGAAGUAUGCCUCUGUGACUUUUGACAGUAAACGGGCCGACCGCAAGAUCCAGCUGUACAACACGUUUACCUCCAUCAUCACCAACCCGACUGCCGUACAGGGCUUUGAGGAUAUUACCAACGAGUUGUACAACACGGUGUCCAGCAUCCGGAUGGACGUUGACUCGAACGCCGUACAGAAGGUCACUAAUAUGGUCAACAGCGGCAGCAUGAUCAGGGAUCUGGACGCGAUCACUGGCAUCGUGAACAAAAUCGAUUGGUGCCCUAAACAUUUGAUCAAGGAUUUCGAUUUUAUCCACAUGACGCUCAACAUGUUAGGCUCCAUGAAAAUGAACAAUAACAUGUCCAAGGGCCUAAUUUCAUUCUCGUCCAAUUUCAAGUAGAGCGAUUCCGCGCGUGUUAUUAUAUAAUAUGUAGGUAGUUAUCAAAUAUAUAUAAUCAUCGCGUAAACGCUGUAUGAUAAUUAAAAUGUCAUUUUUGUGCAUGUGUAUAAUACGCGUACUUUAAAUAUUUGAGUGUAAGUGACAAACCAUAAUAUUAUAUUAUGAUUUAUGAUACCUAAUUAAUUACUUUAUA